AUGGUGAAUGCGUGGUUUUACAAGGAGUAUGGAUCUGUAGACGUUCUGCAGUUUGGGGAAAUCGAAGCUUCAAGUGCAGGGCCGGGCCACGUUUUGAUUAAAGUUCGGGCAGCUGCUCUCAAUCCUGCGGAUUACAAGAUUCGCCAAUAUGGCAUGGGCCGCAGCGCGGAUGCCCCUUUUCCUGUAGUGCCGGGGUUUGACGUGGCAGGCGUGUACAUUGUAGACAUUGCACCCUUACCUCCGCAUCUGAGAGCAGUGCAGUUUAUUGUGAAGCCCCGAGGCAGCAACCUGGAAAGGCUAGGCAAAUACAUAGAGAGUGGGAAACUGAAGGCUGUGAUUGACCCAAAGAACCCGUAUACUUUUUCUGAUGUUUUGGAGGCAUUCAAACACCUAGAGAGCGGGCGAGCGAGAGGAAAGAUUGUGAUUUCCCCCAUUGAAUGA